AUGGACUGGACUGUUAGCAGCCGGGCCCUUGUGUGGUGCAUUUUGCUGUUUCUUUGCUGCGCUGGUCUGCCUCAAAAGGGCUUUUGCAGUGCCAGCACCGUCUCCCUCCCUGAAAGCCUGCUCUUUGUGUCCACCCUGGAUGGAAACCUGCAUGCUGUUAGCAAGAAAUCGGGCUCCAUCAAAUGGACGCUAAAAGAAGAUCCAGUUCUUCAGGUCCCUACACAUGUGGCAGAGCCAGCAUUUCUGCCUGACCCCAACGAUGGCAGUCUGUACUCUCUGGGAGGAAAGAACAAUGAAGGCCUGACAAAAUUACCGUUCACUAUCCCUGAGCUGGUCCAAGCCUCUCCUUGUCGCAGUUCUGAUGGAGUCCUUUACAUGGGUAAGAAGCAGGAUCUUUGGUAUGUUGUGGACCUUUUGACUGGUGAGAAACAGCAGACCCUGACAUCCUCCUUCGCUGAGAUGUUGUGUCCCUCCUCCUCUCUUCUCUAUCUGGGGCGUACAGAGUAUACCAUCACCAUGUAUGACACCAAGAGCAGAGAGCUUCGCUGGAACGCCACCUAUUCUGACUAUGCCUCCACUCUUCCUGAUGACGACACCAAAUACAAGAUGGCUCAUUUUGUGUCCAACAGCGACGGCCUUGUGGUGACUGUGGACAGUGAGUCUGGUGACGUUCAGUGGGUCCAGGACUAUAACUCACCAGUGGUGGCCAUGUACAUCUGGCAGCGUGAGGGCCUCCGCAAGGUUCCCCACACAAAUGUGGCCGUGGAGACCCUGCGCUACCUCACUUUUAUGUCUGGAGAGGUUGGACGCAUCACCCAGUGGAAAUAUCCAUUUCCCAAGGAGAAGAAGCCAAAAAACAAGCUAAUGGCUACUUUGUAUGUGGGUAAAUACUCCACAAGUCUGUACGCCUCUCCCUCCCUGGUACAUGAUGGAGUCACUGUGGUGCCUCGAGGCAGCACUUUCCCUUUGCUGGAGGGUCCUGACAGCCAUGAGAGUGAGGAGGACAAGGAGUGUGUGAUCCCCCCUAGAACCAGUGUCAAGAUCACCGCUGCCCCCCGAGAGCGACACCGCAUCAACUUCUUGAGGAACUACCUGCUCCUCAUUGGUCAUCAUGAGACACCUCCUGAAGCUCACACGAAGAUCCUGGAGAAGUUUCCUGAUAGCCUUCCUCGUAAUCCAGGCAAUGUCAUCCCACCUACAACUGACAAGACUAUAGAAGAGAAGGUGAAUGAGAGUGGUAUGGAUGAUGGUCCCCCUACUCCUCAGCCUGACACCUCCAUCCAGGAGCCUGGGGCCGGUGGGCGCACGGCCCGACUGGAGGCCCCUGUCGACUCCAUGCUCAAAGACAUGGCCACCAUCAUUUUUUCCACGUUCCUUCUGGCUGGCUGGGUGGCCUUUGUGAUUACCUAUCCUAAGAGUGUACACAAGCAGCAGCAGCUGCAGCACCAAGAGUUCCAGAGGCAGAUGGAGGAGAGGCUGGAGCUUCUCCAGAGGCAGCAGCCCUUCCCCCCGCCUGCAGACCUGGGCCUGGGCCUCAGCUUGGCCCCAGACAGCGACUACCUAGAUGUGGCCCGUGCCCGCUCUGAGAGCUCUGAUCAUAGCAGCCCCAACAUCACUCCCCGUGCCUCCAACCACUCCAAUCUGUCUGUGUCAGAGCUGGGCAGUUCUGCCAAUGAGCACGAGGACGGAGAUGAGGACUCUAAUAUUGUAAGAGUGGGCAACAUAACCUUCCAUCCCAAGAAUGUCUUGGGUCAUGGCGCUGAGGGUACCAUUGUGUAUAAGGGGCAGUUUGACAACCGACCAGUGGCAGUGAAGAGAAUUCUCCCAGAAUGCUUCAGCUUUGCAGACCGGGAGGUGCAGUUGCUCAGGGAGUCAGAUGAGCACCCCAAUGUCAUCCGCUACUUCUGCACUGAAAGGGACCGUCAGUUCCAGUACAUUGCCAUUGAGCUGUGUGCUGCUUCACUCCAGGAGUAUGUGGAGAAGAAGGACUUUGACCGUCAUGGACUUGAGCCAGUGGUGCUACUUCAGCAGACCAUGUCAGGACUAGCCCAUCUGCACUCCCUCAACAUAGUCCACAGAGAUCUGAAGCCUCACAACAUCCUGGUGUCCAUGCCCAAUGCCCAUGGCCGGGUCCGGGCCAUGAUCUCUGACUUUGGUCUGUGUAAGAAGCUAGCAGUGGGCCGCCACAGUUUCAGCAGAAGGUCUGGGGUGCCAGGCACCGAGGGUUGGAUUGCCCCUGAGGUCCUCAGUGAGGACUGCAAAGACAACCCAACCUGCACCGUUGAUAUCUUCUCUGCCGGCUGUGUGUUCUACUAUGUGGUGUCAGAAGGUAGCCACCCCUUUGGCAAGUCUCUGCAGAGGCAAGCCAACAUCUUACUUGGCACAUAUAGCCUGGACCAUCUGCAACCUGAUAAACAUGAGGACAUUAUUGCCCAACAUCUGAUAGAACAGAUGUUGAGCAUGGAUCCCCAUAGGAGGCCUUCAGCUGAGAGCGUUCUCAAACACCCUUUCUUCUGGAGCCUGGAGAGGGAGCUGCAGUUCUUCCAGGAUGUGAGUGACAGAAUAGAAAAGGAACCGCUGGACGGACCAAUCGUGAGACAGCUGGAGAGAGGAGGGAGAGCUGUGGUCAAGGGUGACUGGAGAGAACAUAUCACAGUGCCUCUGCAGACAGAUCUACGCAAAUUCCGCUCCUACAAGGGUGGCUCCGUCAGAGAUCUACUCCGUGCAAUGAGAAACAAAAAACACCAUUACCGGGAGUUGCCUGCUGAAGUACAGGAGACUCUCGGCUCCAUCCCUGAUGACUUUGUCUCCUACUUCACUUCCCGUUUCCCCCACCUGCUGAAGCACACCUACCUGGCCAUGCGAACCUGUGCACAUGAGAGGACAUUCCUGCCUUACUACCCCAGUGCAGAGCAGCUUGCAAGAACACAGGGCCCAUACACACACAGCGGGACACAAAGACAGGAUGAGCCACAUGCACAACACUUGCCAACACACACAUCACCCCCCUCCUCACAACCCCAAGAACCUAAGUCACCUCCACCACUGUCUGCCACUGAGCCUAUACAUUCAGUGGCACCCACUUCACCACAUGAGCCUGCACCUUCAGUUUUGCCCGUUCAGACAGUGCCAACUGCACCGGCACUGCCCACACUGACAGACUUGCCUAUUCAGACAGUGAACUCCACAUUUGCUUCUGAAUCAUCUGCUGUUUCUCUCGGGCAAAGAGAAUCAGUUCAGUCUGAAAUGCACACACUGCCAGAUCCGCCUUCACAGGACAGUGAUCCAGUGUGAACCGGACCAGACCGGGUGGACACAGCACAGAGAGGAGCAUCACCCUAACAAGUGGAUACCUACUGGGGCUCUGUUGUUGUGCCUUGUGCUGGUGGGGACCAGGCCUGCAGUGCCUGGGAUCCACUGCCGGGCACAGAGCAGCAGCACCCGAAGUUAAGUGCCUUCUGCUUGACUGGGUAAAAACGACUCCCAACAGAACCGUCCACACGCCUUCUCUGCCUUGAAGUCAGAGGCUGUCCUGUAAACAAGGCGUUGGUGAACAUUAUCUUGUAGCUGUACUGAGCAAAGAGAAUUGGGUUUAUUUUACAAUGGCAUGUCCAAAAAUAGUGUUGUUUUCCCGGAAAUACCUGGCUUGUAUCUGUCUUGAUGUUGAACACUUGGGUAGUUUUAUUGUGCAAUGUUGUCUUUUUUCUCAGUGAGCCUGUUCACUGCACCGAUAUGUAUAUUUUUGUAUAGAUUAAUUCAGGACUUGGAUCACUGAUAAUAAAUCAUGUAAUGUGGCCACUGUGCCUUUUUAAUUAACACUGUGCUAUAAGAGUACAGAUCUCUGAAAUUGACUAUGCUGAAUGCGCUUGUUGUCAGUUGAUGCUGCUAGACUGCUUCUCAUCUGUCAAAACUAUUGUACUGACUUACUCAGCAAGAGUGGACUGUAUUCCAAAGGGUAUUCAGGUUUGACUCAGAAUACAGUAGGUAAUUGUAUCCUCAUUUGAUUGAUAUCUAGUCAACACUAGACUCAGACUCAACUCAGAUUGACUAGGCUGCAGUAGGCUUUCAUUUAUGAUCUUUUUUUUUUUUUUUUUUUUAAGGGUGUCAUCAAAGUGAGAGUGAAGUUGUUAACUCGCACAUUAAAUGCUUUUUUAAAUACUUGGA